AUGCACGUCUCUUUGUAUUCUAAAUGUGCCGCCUGCCAGAUCUACUCCGACUCUGCGGGAAUAAUUACCAUUUCAAACUCCAUCUUCAAAUCAAACCUCGCGAGCGAGAGGGGCGGUGCAGUGUACGCCAUCGGCUCCGAAACCCUCACUAUCACGGACUCCCUUUUCAGGGGCAACGAAGUUGGGACGGGCGUUGACGCGGACGGCGCAGGAGGCGAUGUUUACGCAGGCACCAAUGUUGAGCUCACGGUCACUGGCACUACGUUCUCGACGUCCGCGGCCGAGUACGGCGGAGCUGCCAUCGAGUGCUGCGGUGCGGUGAUCUCCGAUACUGUCUUCACGGGAGCGGACACUGCCAGCGACGGCGUGAGUCGACGGAUGGGGUUCAAGCGAGAAAGGAUCAAAAGAGACUGCUGUCCUAAUCAUCUUCUGAACUAGUACAUCUAAUCUGCCUCUGUUUUGGGCCGAGAGCGAAACUCCUUUGCCGCUGGCAUAUCUCAACGGAAACGCUCCUGUUUCCAGCACUUGACAAUGACAUGCCUGCUGCACAACCAAGCCAGGACUCACGUAUUGUCUCCAAGCGGGCAUGUUGGCUGAUCUGUUCUUCGCAUGCCCUGCAUGCCUUCCACCGCCGUCCAAAUAGUUGUACAGAAGCAUGGUCCGUUCACGAUAACUUCGGGUUCGUACUGCUGUAUUUGUUGACACCGAGCACUAUUGAUUCGCUUCCGUUGUACCCAUCUCCCCGACGAACCCAACCUUGAUCUUGGGUCAGGCGCACUACGGCGGGGCGCUGCUGGUCAACCGCCCUGACCAAGACGCAUGCCCGAGGGAGCUUGACCUCUCAAAUUCGACGUUCAGCGGGUGCACCGUAGCAAGCACUACUGGAGCGGGCGGUUCCGUGGCCAUCUUCGACACUUCGGCAACAAUUACCGACUGCACUUUCGAGAGCAGCGUUGGCACGGCGGUUCUUUUCUCGUCUUCCAGCGAUUCCGGAGAACACCAGCUUCUCGUGAGUGACGCGUGUUCUUGUCUACUAGUAGUGCAUUUUUGUCGACGAUUCCACUCAGGAUAUCCACAUGUUCCGCAUCUUGACCAAUCACUGCUGUCCGCUGCUUCCCGAACGCCUCCUUUCGUCUGCGUUUCAGAUGGACUACGUCCAGUUCAACCUCAACACCUUCCCCGCUGAGGCGUACGCCACCGACACUGAGCAGGGAGCCGCGAUUGUCGUGACGAACACGGGCGUGGCGGAUGUGAGUUUGUUUCGCUUGGCCUCGAUGGCUUCGUACUUGGUUUACUUUUGGUUAGUUGCAAGCGUCGUUGAGCUUGAGGCAAAAUCCUCGGGUUAUGGUGCGGACAAUUCGAUGUGAGCCUUUUGUUCUCCUGAUGGAGAUGUGCAGGGAAUGGUCGGGACUUCCUUCGACGAGGGCGAAAAAAUCGGCGGUCGAUGGGGGGCCAUGAGCGACCAACACUACUCCCCAUAUCGAUCAAACAUCGAAAGUUCUGCCUCGUGUUCAAUAUCAUCCUAUUUCAUUUGUCAUUCCAUUCGUGCCAGGGAGAGACGACGGUGACAAUGGGCGACUUCAACGACAUGUACUGCUUCGCCAAUGAGCCUUACGAGUGCGAGUUUGUGUACGAUCAGUCGACGGUCGUCCACAACGGGGAGUUCAAGUGCCAAAUCUGCGACAUCGAAGGGGAGCGACAACAGAGUGGCACCGACGACGACUUGAUCGAGUGAGUUCAGUGAUCUGCAUCGGCAGCGGCCUGUUGAAGAAUACAAGAAAACCAGCCCUACGUCCCUCCUUCCUCUAGAUGCUUUGUUCUCGAAGAAUAAUGUGCGGCGUCCUUCGUUUCUCUUGAUCCUAAUCCUAUCCGUUGGCACACACCCACGUUGUUCACCUGGACGGAAAGCUAACUCGUACUCAAUUUCGACUUUUUCGCGCACUUUUCCUUUCAACCGAGAGAACAGCAGCAUCGACCAGAGUUCGAGCUCCAACUCGUGGAACUCCAAGGACUACAUUAUCGUUGGUCUGUCGGCAGCUUUGGCAUUGUGCAUCAUCCUCGCAAUCGGCUUUUUGGUGGCACGGGCGUACAGCAAACACAGGGCGCCCAGUGAAACACAGCCCCCUCCCACAACAGGCACUCCCGCCCCAUCUGCCCCACCCGCACCGGCAGCCCCACCAGCCACAACAGGCACUGCUGAGCCUGUCGAAUCGUAAGCCGUGGAUGUGUCGAGCUUCCAGCACCAUUAGAAGUUUGUGGAGUCUCCAGAAGCGGAAAAAAAAAAAGAAGGGCGAGUAGAUUGCUACGUCAUGAUAGCGGGAAGGCGAUAUGCCAUUCUUCGAAAUGUGAUGCGUGUACAGCGUGUGACGACGCAGAACCGCCGCAGAAGGCCGAACGUUGGAGUCCUCAUGCGCGUAUUGCUCUAACUUGUAUGGCUUGCAAUAUGCCCGCCAAGGUAUUGAGCAACGAUUGCACCAGAGCUUGUGGUGGAAAAUUCACGAAGUUUUCCACCCGUGACCAGAAUGGUCAUACUGUAGAGGAGUCUAUUUCGAGAUAAUGACGUACCCCGAGUCUUGUAUGGCUUGCACUGGGUAACGUUUUGAGUACUGAUUGCAACAGAGUUUGUUGUAUAAUUUUUAACAUGUUUUCCACCCCCUACCGGCAUGGUCAUACACGAACCUAUUCUGAGAGACUCAAGUACCCCUAGAGCAAUACGCAUGCCGCUAGAAGUUGUGUUUCUGUGACUUUCCAGUUCGAGGCCAGCUCAUUUUUAAACGUGGUCAAGUGUUUUCAACGAGGACACGGGCACGCAAACCAGUUUCUCACCGUUUUUGAGGAGAAGGCGGCUAAAAAAAUAUUUCUGGGCGGCGCCCAACGUUUGCUUUCAUUGUGGGAAUCCACAUGCGAUAGAAUUUGCCCGGCCGGAUUGGAUCCGCACUAUGUGUGCGUAUUUGUUGCUCCCGUAUUUGUCUCGUAGUUCGUAUCGUGUCGGAGUGUGUUGUGUUGUUGCGGGACAUAUCAGUACCGUUUGGGGGGAUGAUUAGCAUUGUUGUGACUUGUUUUAUGUUCAGAAAUUGAUGUUGUUCACCGAUGAUUCGUUCCUUGGCAACGGAUUUAGAUUCCGCCGGCCCGCCCGGUUGUCGCCAACUAUGUUUCGCUUUUCAACGCUCACACUAACGCCAAAGUGAGCUAGGGUCAGGGUAUGAAGCGUUCCGUCGAUUGCCUACAGGAGUUUGAUACGUGAGAAACCUAUUGCAGUGGUCAUGCAAUCGAGGAACCCCAACCCUGAAUUAAAUAGAGUGGCCAAAAUGGCACUUGCAACGAUAAUCACCAGGAUGUUAGCCGCCCACACUUUGUCUCCCUGUUGGGCUAACGGUGUGGUGGCGAGCGUUUGCAGGAAGGGCUGUAGGGACCAUCGAACAUGUAUGAUUUUGGGUUCACGCGCGAGAGAGUGGGGUAGCUUUUAGACCGCUGGGGUUGCCAUCACCCAACUUGAUUUCUGGGCUGCUGAUGUAGACUAGUGUAUGAUAUAACAAUCCUUGGGGGUGCUGCUGAAGACCGUCGAGGAGGCGGACGCCUCGCUGCCCCCUGGCUCGUCUUCGGUGGUGCCUUCUUUCUCAUUGUGGAGUCUUGGAGAUCAGCGUCCGAGUGGAGCAUUGCGCUCUGCUCCCCCUUUUAUCUAUAUUGCGAGCUUUCCCCUCCCUUCGCUGCCACUUUUACUCUGGACUUGUGUGAGAACCAUAUAUCCUUUCAUUUCUCAUGAGGGUUGCGACUUUGCUGCGUCUGUUUUAUUUAUUGUAUUUAUUGUGCUCUUCCUUUGGUUCAGCUUUGCGAGCACAGAAGUUCCUUAAUUUUCCUCUGAAGACUAUGAGGAAACAAUUUUCGAAUAGGAGGGCAAAACCAUGUGUAAUGUGCGAC